AAGCAUCAUGGGAAAUGUAGUGUGCACGUAUCAGUCGGCUUUGCGCAGUUCGUCCACAAGUCAAGUCAGGCCGUUAAUUCGUAUCGACUACAAUCCCAGCAUGCGCGCUCGGAGUUGGAGGCUUAUGGCGGAGAGCUAUGACUGAGGAUUUAGACGAAGAGGUCGUGUUCGAGAACUCUCCUCUGUUCCAGUAUUUGCAGGAUCUAGGACACACUGAUUUUGAGGCAUGUUCACCCAUCUCUCAGGAGCAGGAGGAGGAACUGAGCGCUGGUGCCCAGGACAUCCUGCCUCCUCCCAGAACAGGUGGUAUUUGGAGGCUGGCUGAGAUCCUGCGCGCCCUGAGUCCGUUUCGUCAGAGCGACGCCCCCCUGCGGCUGGAACAGCAGCUGGACGCUGCGUUCCGACAGUACUCCCUGCGCUGUGUGCUGUCUCAGGACGUGCUGUUGCAGGAGGAUGUGGAGCUUAUUGAGCUGUUAGACCCCAGUGCUCUCUCUCUGGGCUCCACAAGUACUCCCUGCCCGAGCGCCACCUCAGCCCUGCCUGCACCCCGCUACCUCUCCACUCCAUCGAUAUGGGACGUCUCUGUACUGGUCGGACUGUUGGCCAUCCUGCUGGCGGUUUGGUGUUCUUGUCAUGAAGAUGGGCGGGGCCCGCUAUGGCUGUGUGUUUGUGCGCUGUGUGUCUUGUGCGCGCGUCACGGCAUUCAUCUGUGGCACAAGGCGGCAGUGCAGCAGCAGGUUCAGGCUCAAGCCGUCCAGCUGGAGAGUUUAGUGAUCAACAGUCGAGCUCUCACCAGCCUGGCACGCAAAUCGCUCCGUCUCAUCCAGGAGACCGAAGUCAUCUCGCGGGGAUUCACCCUUUUACUCGACAGGGUGAGUGCGGCCUGUCCCUUUAACAGGGUGGGGCAUCUACGCAGCCAGCAGUUGAUUGGUUUGAGGAAAGCAGCCUACCAGAGCCUCCGCUGCGCGUUCCGUGCCUCCCGCAUCGCCACCUGCAUCAUGCUUAAAUCAUUUCCACUCAACUCCGAGAUCGACAACGUCACCAACUACGUGUCGACCGUGCCGAUCAGAGAGUUAGGCCUGGGCCUGGGGGCAGAGAAUAUCUCUGAUGAGCAGGCACAGGAGCUGACCAAUGACUACAGCUUACCCGCCCUCAAAUUGCUCUUUCAAUUGUGGGUGGGCCAGAGCUCGGAGUUUUUCCGCCGACUGGCUCUGAUGCUGUCCUCUGGGAGGGCGGAGCAAGAGUCCAAGCCCCGCCUUCUUGCGUACAACAGCGUGGCCACGGUCACUGCCUCCCUUCAUCCCUCCCUGGCCUGUUGCCUUGGUGACCUGCAGCGCAGCUAUGAAUUCCAUCGAUACUUUGAGAUGCAGCAGCAGUCGCAGAAUUCGGGCCGAGCAAGUCAGGUGCGACAGAAAUGCAGAGAGCUCAACUCGCUGCACACAUCAAUCCGCAGCCUUCAGCUCCACCUCAGAGCCCUGCUCAGCGAGAUGAUCAUUCUGGAAGAUGAGCUGGAGAAGCUGAUGGUUGCUAAGGAGUCGGAGGAGGUGACAUGUGCAGGUUACCAGGAGCUCCGUGAGCGCCUGCACCUCCUGCAGCCUCACAUGCAGGCUUGCUCCUGCUGCUGGGAGGACAUGACCGCUCAGGUGGAGCGCAUGCUGCGCAGGGUCACCCACUGCCCAGGAAGUGCAGAUAGUCCAGAGGAAGCAGCUGGUCCUGCCCCACCUCCUCCUGCCCCCAUCUCGCACAUCGAUGACACAGACCCCGUCCCAGAGGAACAGGAACUGGAGGCCUACGUCUCGGACUCGGACUCGGACUCAGAGUGGCGUGGGGCUGCAGACUUGCUGUCGCCAUGGGAACGGGAGCGUCAUCGGCGCGAGAGGGAGGAGUCACGCAGAGUUUUACUUGAGCUUAAAUCCGUCCUGGGGAUCCGAACCUCGGAAGGAGAGCGAGACAAGCGCAAGCUGCUUCUGUUCAGCGACAAAGCCGCGUUGGCUCAGGUUCCCACCGAGACAUCCGAUCAUUACCCAGAAUCCUCAGCGGGUGCAGGCUGCACAGACCUUGCAGCGUCUACAAGCAACCACAUCUCCCAGCAGCUUUCAGGAGGAGAGGGGGAGGAGUUCGAGGAGGGAGGAAGAGAGACUGCGAGAGACAGGACGCAAGACGGAGAGACGGACACGGCCGUGACCGAAUUCUGUUGCGGCGAUUCCGAAAGCGUCGCGGAAACACAAGGCCCGAGAGGAGAGGAAGAAGGGACACGGCUCUUCCAAUCGGAUGGGCUGAUAGACGAGGAGGCGGGUCCGGAUGGAUCACACCCCCUCGCUCCAAGAGUCCCCACCCUCUCAGUGAUUGACAGACUUACAGAACUGCAUGGCUCUGAAGCGCUUAGCAUCGGCUCGGCCCUGGCUGCCCAGGUGGCCGCUCGCUCUCACACUUUCACACACCUGCAGGAAUGCACCUACGGGGACUCGGAUGAGGAAGAGGAGGAGGAAGGGGAAAAGGAAGUGGAAGUGACAUCCCAGCCAGAGGGAAUGCAGACAGCAGAGAAGUGAAGGACAGCAAGCUGAACUGUUUUAGAAUAUAUACAGGUUAUUUAUUCCCAUCUGCCCUAGAUUUAUUUAUUAAGCUUGAGGUCAGGAGCGCAGCACAUAUAACCGGUGCGCGAGAGAGUUUUCCGUGAGAUGGCCGUCCUUUAUGUGCCUCCAUGUGUGUUCUUGUUUACACUCCGUCUACUGUCACUCAGUCUACCCAUCCCCGUUUUCUCGCAUAACGCCUCAGGUACAAUCUGGCAAAUACAGACACGCAGUUCAACAUCAAAUAUUAGGCUUAUUAUUCAAAUAUUAGGCUUAUUAUUUCAAUGUGUACAGUAAUAUAUUGGCUACUUAAUAGGCUAUAGGUAAGUUUCUAUUCCUGAACAUGACACCCACUGAAAACAUGUUCAAGCUGGCAUUAUUCACAAGCCUGCAUGCUUUUGUGUUCUUAAGGUUUGCAUUAUACCCAUUUGAUUCAAAUGACAAGUCAAAAAAAGUCGACUAAUAGAAGCACACCUUAAUAAAUCUAAUGUGCUUCACAGACCCCACUAUGAGGACCGCUAAUCUAUAAGAAAAUUCACGCACACUCACUCAAUUUAAUUUCUAUUUAUAAUUUACUACUCGAGUUUGUGCGCUGUGCAUCAGUGUGUGUGUGGUGGUGUUGUAAUAGACCUUAUACACUGGUCACUAUUUAAAGCAGUGUGAUCUAGAAAGAAGCCAGGCGCUAGCUUUGAGGAAAUUUGUUCAGCUUUAAUCUCUUUGAAGGAUGAUAAAAGGAGGGGGGGGGGAAUUCACACGUGAUUUCCCUUUACCAGAAAUGGAGCUGAUCAGCCAAGACAUGAUUGGUGUCUGAUGUUUGCUUCUAUUAUGCAAAUCUUAUGAAAUCUUCUAUAGGCUCCAGGUAGCGUUAGGCAACGUGGCUGCUUCAUAGCAUAACGAUGCAUAUUAUAUUUAUUAUCGAGUUUUUAUACUCACUGAUCUUGGCUGACAGGAAGGAGAACCCCAUGUAGUCUUGUGCUGUUGUAGCGCAUCCCUUUUCAAGGUUCAGAGUGAGAUGCUUUUCUGCUCACCACAGUUAAAGAGUGAUUAUUUGAGUUAUCAUAGCCUUCCUGUCAGCUUUAAGCACUCCGGCCAUUGUCCUCUGAUCUCUCUCAUCAACACCCCCCCCACAGAAUGCUGAUGCUCACCUUUUUGUGCAAACUCUAGAGACGGUUGUGUGUGAAACUCUCAGGAGAUACUCAACCCAGCCCAUCUGCCACGGUCAAAGCCACAGAGAUCACAUUUUUCUCCAUUCUGAUGUACACUAGCAAAAGCUCUUGACCUGUAUCUGAGUGAUUUUUAUGCAUUGCCCUGCUGCAACAUGAUUGGCUGAUUGAAGAACUGCGUAUCGUCAGUUAUUAGCCCGUUUGCCCGGCCACUUGAAUCGAAUGGGUUAAAUCCAAACCUCAGUAACUUCAAAACAAGUGCGCUUCUAAAUAACAUCAACUUCAACCUAGUGACAAUUUUAAUAUUUUGUGAGUGUAAAGUUAAAAAAAAAAAAAAAAAAAAAAGAAUUACUAGCGAAAUUAAUUUAGUACACAUUGCUAUAACAUGCGUAAUAUUUGAAUAGUUGAAUAAUUUCUGUUCAUAAAAUAAAGCUGUGCUGAGCGAGUGUGUUGUGCGUAGCUCUGUUUUGUAUGCCGGGGGUCUGUUACAGGGAAGGAGCUUCCCCCGUUAUAUGACUUGAUCUACAGCACACAACAUGAUGGCGUGAGUGAGUCUGCGCUCAUUUGAAUGUUUCGUAUGAUUGUAACAGGAGCCUGUGUGUGUGUGUGGAGGAAUCGGAGCGUAGGCUUCAGCAGCGACCACAUCACUACCUCUCUGUAAUACAGGCCAUGUCUGUGCAUCUACCACACCACUUUCUGAACUGCUGUAGUUUACAUACGCCUUACGAAAUCUGCAAAAUGUUCAUCUUUUUUUUUUUUUUUUUUUUAAAUCAUAGAGAUCAUAAAAUUUGUAUUUAGUUUUGCCCUGAAUGAGCUAUUUCACAUAUCAGAUGUUUACAUAUACUCCACAAGACACAAUAAUAACUGAAUUUACACGAAUGAACCAGUUCAAAAGUUUACACACCCUUGAUUAUUAAUCCUGUGUGUCGUUACCUGGAUGAUCAGCGACUGUGUUUAUGUUUUGUGAUAGUCGUUCAUGAGUCCCUUGUUUGUCCUGAGCAGUUAAACUGCCCACUGUUCUUCAGAAAAAUCCUCCAGGUCCUGCACAUUCUUUACUUUUCCAGCAUCUUCUGCAUAUUUGACCUCUUUCCAACAGCGUCUAUAUGAUGUCGAGAUCCGUCUUUUCACACUGAGGACGACUCAGGGACUCGUUAAGAUACAGUGCGUGUUCUAUUAAGAGCCGGGGGGGGUGUAAACUUUUGAACAGUAUAUUCAUGUGUUGUAAAUUCAGGUAUUAUUGUGUCUUGUGGACUAUAUGUAAUCAUCUGGUAUGUGAAAUAGCUUCUUCAGAGCAGGACUAAAUAAAAAAAAUUAAAAAAUAAAAUACGAUUUUAAUGAUCCUUCUUUUUUUUUCCCUUUUUUUUUAUUUUAAAUGAACAUUUUGCAGAUUCUGCAAGGGGUAUGUAAACUUAUGAGCGCAACUGUAUGGCGUUGUUUCAUAUUAAACAUGCACCUUGGAGACCUUACUGUAAUGUUAACAACGUAACACUUGUAUUAAGUGAUGUUUGUUUAAAUCUUAAUGGACGCCUGCGUUAACUAAUAUUUAUUCUGUCCGCGUUAUGGGAUUGAUGGGUUCGUUUGCAGAACAGUGUUCGUGAGACUGAAUUUUGAUUGGUUUCUAGUUCGAUUUCAUGUCACGUUUAACAGAAAUUCCAGGAGCAAUGUUCGUUUCUGUUCUCAGUAACGUUCUAGCAGCUAUAAACAGUUUUUCCCCUUACCGCCCUGUCUUAAAGCUUAAAAAAGGGAAAAAAACCAAAAUCCCAGCUUGUAAUGUUACAGAGAAACAGCAAAGCACUAACUCUUCUCCGAAAACAUACCGAACGUUACGAAACACUGACACUCGUGGCUCGUUCCUCACCGUAUCAACUGUUCUUUCUGAAAUAAGACCUUUUUGAAAAUUUGCUUAUUAUUAGGUUAAGUGGCUGCCAUUUACGUCCCUGUGAAUGACUUCGAAACGAUAACGAAUGCGUUCACGUCGACGUCGGAAAUUUUUUUUUUUGCCUUGCGGUCGGAACUACUCUCAGGACACCCAAUCAGAACAGGGAAUUCAGCACUGCUGUGACAUCAGAGUAAUAUUAUCCUACUGUAAGCGUGAUCCACUUCUUCUAAAUAUCAUCAUUGGACCCGAGUUCACUGUUUUCUUUGGAUUUCUGUCUCGUCGUGAGUUGAAUAAACAUUAGUUAAUGCUGGUGUUUGAGGGGGGACAAACGAAAAAGAAACACCUCAAGAUGAGUGUUCAUUACUUUAACAUGACACUUAAGGUGAAGGGUUUGUUCAUGUUAUAUAAGUAUUAGUGUAAAUUUUGUCCGUUAAGGGAUUGAGCUUCGCUUAUCGGUUAUGAUUCGUCACACCUUCCUUUUGGGAACUCUAAAGGGCUCAAGCGUGCACGUUGUGAUUCUCUCGACAGUUUUGCUGUUUAUCGACGUCCGUCUUUUCACGUUGUGGUUCCGGGAGCGGUGCGUGCUGCUGAUGGUCAGUAGACAGGAAUGUAAUGUGCAUAAUAAUCGAGAUUAUGCAAAGUCAUUUAUUACCUCUUGAAAACACUCUUCACUUCUGUUGAAGUCUCUCCUCUCUUUCGGCUGUUGUUUGUACCUGGGUUUUACUUUUGCGGAUAAUUCCUGUAUAUAAACCUUCAAUAGCAUUUAACGGUCCCAUCACAUGAAUACAUGCCUUAAAGAUUAACUGGUGGCACUGGGGUUGUUUCAUAGGGGUUUCAUUUUUUCCCCCCCAAUGAGAUUUCAGUUGUAGAGACAAUCUGACAUGGGAUGCAUCAUCCGUUGUCUGUGCAUCUGUUACUCUGAUGUGAGUGUGUUCGUGUCUUGGUCUUGUGCUCGGUGAUUUCUGUACUGUUUCCAUGCGUAAUCCUGACCCUCCCCCUCCCCCUCCCCCAAGCAGUUGUGACCAUGACAGAUACACUACAUGUGAGCGAGUGGGUCAGUCUAUGAGAGUGUGUGUGUGUGUGUGUGUGUGUGUGUGUGUGUGUGUGCCCAUGUCCUCAACACGUAUGCCUUUUCAAAAGGUUGUUAAAAUUGUUUUUUCUUCAUUUCAUUUAGCAACCUCGCCUUAUCAUUUGUGGAAUAAUAAAGGAGUCUUGAAGCAGA